GCUAAAUAAGCUCUAUCUUCAAAUUGUGGCUCUCUCGCUUUAUUGCUAUUAUUUUUAACAAUUCUUUUAACCCAGUUUUAAUUAACUUUCUUUAAUUAUGUUCAUUAGGUGCUCUUUUUAAUCGCAUAAUUUUAUUUCAGUGAUUGUUUUCUUCAUCGAUGUAGUUAUCAGAAAGUUGGGACCUUUCAGAAGUGUGAUCAAAAAAAAGAAAAAUUUUUGUCACUCUAGUUAAUCAACAUCAGAUUCUUCAAUAUUUUUACUGAAAGGUUAGACAUGAAAACAUGAAAAUGUUGUCAACAAGGAGAAAAAAUUCAGAAAAGAGGAAAGAGAAAUCUCGUUUCGCUGCUCGAGCUAGACGCAGCCGAGAAUCUGAAAUAUUCAAUGAAAUGGGCUCUCUUCUACCUCUACAUCAAACAAUUGACAAAGCUUCAACCAUGAGAUUGGCAAUAAGCUUCAUAAGGACCAGAAACCUUAUUGACAAGUGUUCUUUAGAGAACAAAUCAGAAGAUAAAAUUUUAUCGCCAGAUGAACUCAACAAACUAGGACCAAUCGACACUCUUCUCGCUGAUACUUUUUUUCUGGUUCUUACUCAAGAUGGACACAUGCCAUAUAUAUCCGAAAAUGUUGAAAAAUAUCUUGGUUUGAAACAAGUCGACCUUCUUGGCUUGACUAUUUUUGAAUUUAGUCACCCUUGUGACCACAGUGACAUACGAGAUAUUCUUGCUCAUAAGUUUGAUUCAAAAACGAUUUCAUUUUUGAUUCGCUUUAAAUGUACAAUCACCAGUAAAGGAAAGACAAUCAACCUGAAAUCAGCUGCUUAUAAAGUUAUCAAGCUCACUGGACACUGGGUUGGUGAUGAAUCUUGCGGUUAUCUUUGUUUAACUGGAGAACCUUUAGCUUGUCCGAGCAAAAUUGACGAGCCUAUGGCUGAAUAUGUAUUUUUGAGUCGACAUUCACCAGACAUGAAAUUUACAGACAUUGAUGAAAGAUUCACUAAAAUUCUUGGAUAUAAAGAGAGUGAUUUAAUUGGCAAAUCAGUAUACAAUUUAUUUCACGCUUUGGACUGUAUAAAUUUGAGUGAAUACUUCAAAACUCUGUUCACAAAGGGCCAAUCAGAGACUGGAUAUUAUCGUCUGCUUGCCAAACGUGGUGGUUACAUUUGGAUUCAAACGCAAGCAACGUUGAUAACAGAUAAUCACACUCAACAGCCUAUCAGUGUUGUCUGCGUCAAUUACGCUCUCAGUGGUAUCGAGAAUCAAGAAGAGAUCAUUUCAGAAGAACAAUGUCAAGAAAGGCAAAAGGAAUCGUAUCAUUUGGUUGACGAGACUAAUGAUGUUUUUAUCAAAUUGGCAGCAUCAAGUUUAAUUGAUACCAGUAAUAAUCCUACUGAUACAAAUAUCAACAAUACAAAGCUCAGUCAAAUUGAAACUACCCAUUCAACUUACGAUAAUCAAGGAUAUAUUGAUUACCAAUUAUCCAGUGGAAUAUUGGUAAAUAAACCAGUGUCAACGGAAAAUCUACUCAACAACUUGGUAAAUGAUCAAUCAUCGACUUGCUCUCAGGUUAAAGACAACCAAUUAGAAGAAGAGCAACCACAAUAUCAACAACAACACUGCCAACAACUGCAGCAACAAACUUGUAACCAAGGGCAAUUGCAAUCGAUUCUUAUCCAACCCUCGCAAGCACCAGCUUUCAAUUCAGCCCAAUCUUUUACACGAUCAUCAACUCCGUUUAUAUUCACACCCUUAGCCGGCAAUAGUUUACCUACUCCGGCUACUGCUACCAUCUUUGCACCUCGCACGGCUGAUAUGAACCCUGGUUUUCUUAUGCCCAUUGGUGAUGAUGAUAACAACUUUGGCUUAACUGUUUUACCGGAUAUUGAAGCUUGUGAUCCCGAACAAGAUUUAACUCAUUUGGCUCCUCAAGCUGGUGAUUAUUGUGUUCCACUCGAGAUUGGUCCUUUACCUUCAUUUGAUGGUUUCUCAAUGGAAAAUAUAUUGAAAGAAAUGGGAUUUGCCUCUGCUGUUGCAGAAAAUUCAUGUGAUCCUCAAGACGAAAUUGUAAUGUCAGGGAAAAGUGAUACAGAUUCUACGCCAACUAUUAAUCCUAAUAUCAUAAAUGCUUCUUCAACGGAUACACAUUUAUCAUCAAAACCUAACGAUAGCUGCAAGAUAAAUGCUACCGUUACCUCAGCAGACAGCGCCAGUGAUGCUGUUAUUAUAAAAAAUAAAGUUAAUACUGUUGAUAAUUGUGAUGUUGAUGAAAAUGAUGAUGAAGAGACCCUUAAUUUUACCGAUUAUCUGCCAACUGAUAAUAAAUUGUUGCCUUUCAUACCAACGGCUGUAGCCGAAGAAGAGAUCCAGUUUUCUUGUGAUGAAGAUGUUGGUUUAACUUCAGAGACCCGUAAUUCAAAGAGUUGUGUCAUUGAUGAAGAUGGUCUUGGUGAUACAAAUAGUUUAAGUGAUUUCCUUUGUAAUCAACGUUUGAUUGAGACACCAAUUCUUGAUCAUCUUCAAUGCACAACGUUAAAAGUAGAUGAAAGGACGAUAUCAAAUAAAACUGAGAUCGUACAAGAGUUAUCCAAAUCAGAUGCAAGCAAAUCUGAUUCUAAUGUUUAUAACAAGUGUGAUUUUACCCCUGAGGAGGAUAUUGAUAAUUAUGUCGAUGCAGAAGAUGAUAAUGUAUCAUCUAUCUGUAGUCCGGAUUCUGAUGUUACCGUUGGCUCCGGUGGAUCUGGAGUAGGUUGUAACAGCUCAACAAAUAACCUACUUUUAGAGAUGAACCUCAACAAGCAUGGGAUCAAUGGUUCUUCAAGUCCACUUCAUAAUGAUCCAUUCCUAAGUUUUACCAAUGGCCUUGGUGGCCUCGUCAGUGACAACUAUCUGUGUUCCCUGUCUUCUUCAAGCUCAUCCUCGAGUUCACCGAGCAAUUUUUACAUCUCGUCCCGUAACACCACGAAUAGCCCUGAUUUCACUCUAACAUCAGUUUCAAUAAACAGAAAUCCAAGUGAAUCAGUAAGCAAAAGGCCUUCUUCGCUGUGCGACUCACCGCCUCCAAGCAGCUGUAACAGUACGCUCACUAGUGAUUUAGAUUUGUGUGGAUCAUUCGCUGCUGAAGAUGAGGACGAAUUUGACUCUCUAGGAGGACGAUCGUGUGGCCGCAUAGAUCGCGCCAUUGAAAGACAUUGUGAUGAUGAAUUUCCUUUAUUACCUAACGAUGAAUCGAUUUGGGAUAUGUUUAUCCACUCUAAUGACAUAAAUGAUAUGAUCAAUAGUGAUGAACUUCUUUCUGCAUCGCCAACUUACUUUGAUGAUCAUCGAUUCAUUUCCAAGGAAAAUACUUUGAAAGGCUCAUCAACAUCAUGUUCUUCAGACUCAACUUCUACCAACAAUGGCAGUAACAAUUUUGCUAAUGAAGGUGCUGAUGGUUCCUCGGAGAGUAACAGUAAUGGUAACAAUGAUUCUUUCCUGUUGAAUAGUAAUUUGGCCAUGUUACUCCAAGGAAAGGAUACACCGUUUAAGAAUUACUCUCUUGCCAGUAAACAGUCAGUAAACCAAGCAUCUUCACAUCAUCAGCAGCAACAAUCUUCAGUAUCACUUGCUGUAGCAUCUCGAAAUCGCUUCCACAAUUACUCGGCCAACUUGCCUAAAACCUCUUCAUCCUCUUCCCCUUCUUCCUCCUCUUCUGUCGAUAGCAACCGAAUCAAUUCCAAUUAUGUUAUAGUACAAAAUAAUCGUUCAAUAAAAACAUCAUCAAACCAUGCUAAUGGUACAAAGGAUAUCAUCAAAUCCGCUCAAACUAACCUCCAAAAUUGUGACAUGAGCAGGAAUGAAAUUGACCAUAAAUCUGAUUAUUUUACACUUGAUUCUGAGAUGAAAAAAUAUCAAACCAUGGCAGACUCAGUUUACUCUAAAUUUGGACCUAAUUAUGUCAAAAUUGCUCGUAAAUUGGCCUACAAUUCAUCAUCUUCAUCUUCGUCUGUGCCACCUCCUAAAAGAGCUUAUCUUCCUUCAAAAAGCUCGUUGGAGAAUAACUAUAAAAGAAUGAAAUUGCCUUCAACACUGCCAUCAAUGCAAGGAACCUCGGUGCUCAUGAACCUUUUGGUUAAUGGAGAAGAUGUAACUAACGGUUACUCUCGAUUCCAGCAGCAAUCACAUCUCAAGAAUAACAGUCUAAAUGUCAACAUCGGCUGAUUAUUCCUGAUUUAAACAAGCCAAACAAGCAACAAGACAAAACAAUUUCUUUCCCUUUUCUCUCCUUCUUUCUCCUUUAAACUUGUCUCCCUGUCAAACAAAAAAAACAACGACUACAAAUCAGUGUGUGUACAGUAAUGAUACAAAAGCAUGAAACAAUUAUAAACAAAAAUUACUGAGUUUUUGUUACCUAGUAAAUGAUAAUAUUAAGUCUAAAAAUUACAAGUUAAUAAGAUAUAAAGUUAAUAUGAUUUAAUGCAAACCGUAACUCAAACAUUUGAUUGUCACUCUUUUCGGACAGUUAAUCUUAAAUUUGACAGCAGAUUGAAAGGAACACGAAAGAAUAAUUUAGGCUUAAAUAAGAACAUAAAAAACUAGUUUCACUUUCUAUUCAAAGUUUUGUCUUGGUUUGCUAACUUGUUUGUUCAACUUCAGCGAAAUAGUUAUUAUUGCUAACACGGAAUUUAACUGCAUAUAGACAUUCAAAAUUAUGGUUUUGGAACUUGAGAUAAUCUAAGAAUAAUUUUGAUAAAAAUCUAGAAAUGAGUUUGAAUGGUUGGUUAAUGUCGUCAGAGACUUCCUUAAGAUUAAAAUAAGCUUUCUAAAUGAACCAAAAUAAACGAAGAUGCAUUGAAAUGAAAAAUUAUUUUUCAAUAUCUACUUGUUAACCUUUUAUUUUACUAUUUUAAUUUGUGAAUCAAUAGAUGCCAAUAUGUGAUGAUUUGUUUUUUGUUUUGUUUUACCCUUUCUUUUUUGCUAAUAAUUGCCAUUAAAGGGGCUGAAGAAACUUACUGAAUCAGGAUCAAACGAGAAUGGAUAAAGUUUGAAAAUUAUUUAAACUGAUGAACGAUUUUUCUUUAUAAUUAACCUUGAUUCUUUUCAUUGUAAUAUUUUGUUUGAUUUAAAAAUUUCAUUUCACAGCAAUUCUUGACUCAUGACAUUAAAUCACAAUUAUUCAAAUCUCAA